CUCUAGUAUAAAUGCUCAGACGCCUGGUGUGGAGAGUCAGACUAAUAGCCGAGUGUCACAGCUGCAGGAACAUAGAGAGAGAAGGAUCUAGUGGAUUACUGCUUCUGUACGGACUCCUACGAGACUCAAAAGCCUAUCCUGAAUAACACAGAUUCCAGGCAAAAUGAAACCAAUUGUUCUGUCGUUCUUCUUCUGCUGCUGUCUGCUGCUAACUGUUACACCCAGUGUGGACAGUGCAAAACUAAACCUCAGCAAAGUGUUAAAAAGAAGCAUUGGGCUCCAGAGGACAAAAAGAGAUCUGAGUAGUCUGUUUGCACUGAGGGAAGCAGAGCCCGGGCAAUUCGUUCGACCCGAUGAUGUCAGAGACACCCUGCUUCCACAUUCCAGCACUGGCACUGGCGUGCGAACCAAGCGCUCCAAGAACUCCGUCAACCAGUCACGGAGGUCAGGCUGCUCACUGGGCACGUGCACGGUACACGACCUGGCACACCGCCUGCACCAGCUCAACAACAAGCUGAAAGUCAGCAGCGCCCCCAUCGACAAGAUCAGCCCGCUGGGCUACGGGCGUAGACGCCGGUCCGUCCCAAGCAGGCAGAUGAAGUUAGAGAUGCAGGGUGGCCACUUGCAGCCAGUGUGGAGGCUGCACAAGCUGGAAGCACUGCUCAGACGGACAUGAGCAGCACAUGAGCCGAGGGGAACGGAACGCGCUGAGAUUUCUCCAGCACAUUCUUUCGCAAAAAAGCGCGCAGCUGGGACAGCAGCCAUGGCUCACCAAAGCACAAUCAACAAAAAUAACAGCUGUUCCACAAGCACUGUGAAUGAGAGGCAGAAACAGAGGAGUUCUGUGGUGGAGCACUGCAACGUUCUGGGUUGGUGUAUUUGACUGGUGCACUGAUCCCAAGAGAAGAGGAGAGGAGAGGAGAGGAGAGGAGAGGAGAGGAGAGGAGAGGAGAGGAGAAAGAAACUGGGGCUGAAACAUAAACCUCCUCUAUUGGGACAGAAUUUCGAUGCUCCUCAGUUGGACUAUUCAGUGGGAUUAUGGGACCCAAAUGUAUUCUGAGUGUGCAGUGACAGUGACUUCCAACUCUGGACUUUACUCCAUCAUACCCAACAGGGAAGCACAGGAAUUGUUCAUUCUGAGGAGCUUUGAAGGAUUUUAAGAGCAACAAUAUGGCCACGAAACUGUUUUCUGUCACAAACUCUGUUUUUAUUUUCUGGACACUGUAUUUUCUUGGUCCGUAAAAGGAUUGUUAUGCUACUUGAACAUUAUUAUUAUUUUGUAUAGAGAUAUGUGCAAUCUAUAUGUAUUUUUUUAUUCUCAGUAUAUGUAUAUAUAUGCCAAAAAAAGAUAUUAUUUAAUUGUUUUAUACUUUGUACUACUUUAUAGAGAGCUAUUUUUGUACAGGAUAAAAGGAAUAUGGGCAUUGUUGUAUUGUAUAUGGUAUGUUUUAUGAUUUAUACUAUUCAUCUGUGUUAUAUGUUGAUAGAAUAUGUUUUAUGUCUGUAAUAAUAUAUUUGUUAAUGUGGUCAGUGUUGGAUGUUGUACUGUAAAUGUGUGUUGUCGUUUAAUAAACUUUGAAUAAAUUUUAAAAAAGUUA